GGCUUAAGGAGGAGGGGCGGGGCUCGCAUCGCGCAGGGGAUGACGGGAGUCGCGGUCGCGUCUAUGGAGACGGUGGCGAAGCGGGGCUGCAGCACUGCGAUCCCUGACAGCGCGCGCGUCAUGGGGGACGCCCUGGCCUAUGAGGCGGAGCUGAGCUCCAUCAUCAGAGAGGUGCACGCACUACCUGAACUUCAUGGAGUACGAGGAGACGGUGAAGGCCCUGGAUCGUGAGUGCAGCAGCAAGGGGAAGGCCGUGCCCAAGUCCGGUGGUGUCAUGAAGGACUCGAACGUGCUGCUGGUGCAGGGGGAGCUGCUGUCAGCGUUCGAUCAGGGCGAGCGCACCGAAUUCUUCGUGCUGUGGGGGGAGAACAUCCCCGGGACACUGUGCGAUUCAGACCCCACGGCCCAGAAGCUGGAGUUCUACCUGCAGAUUCACUUUGCCAUCUACCCCAUCCAGCACGCCGUGGGAAAGCCGGACAGUGCAAUGGUGGAAGCGAGCAUGACGGAGUUUAAGACCUUCCUAGAGACGCGCGGCUCGGCCCUCAGCCAGACCACGGAGUUCCUGCCCUUCUAUGCGCUGCCCUUUGUGCCCAAGCCUGCCGCUCACCCCUCCUUCCGCCAGCUCUUCUCGAACUCGUGGACCCCGGAGCUGAGGACGCAGCUCGAGAGGUUCCUGUCACUCACGCUGAAGGCGAACAGCUUUCCUCGCCUUCUCACGCUGUUUAAGGAAGGUGGCCACGCAAGUAGAGACUUGCAUGAGCGUCUGCACGAGUGCGAGCGGCGUGCCGUGGAUGCCGACCGGCGUGCCACGGGCUACACGCGGCGCUACAGCAAGCUGCAGGCCGACUACCACGGCCUCAUCAGUGUGACUGCCGAGCUCGUCGACUCGCUCGAGGCCACCAUUAGCGGGAAGAUGAUCACGGCGGAGUACCUGCAGAGCAUCUGCACGCGCCUCUUCAGCAGCCAGCUGCGCCACAGUCUGGUGCACAGCGUGGACUUCACUCGCCCCGGCACGUACGACGACUAUUGGUACGCAGAACAGGCCUCCACAAUCCUGAGAGCCUCUGUUGCCCCUAUGCACCCCCGCGACAUCCCUCUGCUGCCGUCGCUCGACUACGACAAGCUGAGGCACGAUCUGCUCCACGGCACGGACCGCCUCAAGGCGCUGCUGCUGCAGGCUCUGCGCUGGCGCUUGACAAAGUCCCAGCAGGGAGAGCAGAGGGACACGGUGCUGCAGGCCUUCAUUGCCAACGACCUGCUGGGCUGUCACGCGCGCAGCCAGUACAACGCAGAUGUGCUGGGUCUGCUGAUGUCCAAGAGUGAGGUUGUGCGACAGUACAUGGCCCGGCUCAUCAAUGCACUUGCAUCUCUGGCUGACGGUCGCACUUACUUGUCGCAGAGUCCCGCGGUGCUGCGAGUGCUGCAGGAGAGCCUUCAAGCAGAAGACCGCGAUUCACUGACUCGUGAAAAUGUGUUGGGCGCACUUCAAAAGCUCAGUCUCAAGCGGAGCCUGCAGACGGCCAUGAUCCAGGAUGGGCUGGUGCUGUGGCUCAUCUCUGAGCUCGGAGACACGGACGCCCUCUCUGAUUAUACGCUCGAGUACUCCGUGGCUCUGCUCAUGAAUCUGUGCCUGCGCUCAGCCGGGAAGAGGAAGUGCGCGGAGGAUGCGCGCAGUGUCUUCAAGGUGCUCACCGACCUCCUGGGCCAUGAGAACCAGGAGAUUCGUCCUUACGUGAACGGUGCCCUCUACAGCAUCUUGGCCCUGUACUCUAUACGCGAGGAAGCCAAGGCCAUGGGCAUGGAAGAGAUCCUCAGCUGUUUCGUGAAGGAAGGCAACGUGGAGACAAACAGACAAAUUGAGUUCAUUAUAAAGCAGCUCAACUCAGAUUCUCCGGAUGAAGGAGUGGAGUCCGAUGAUGAAGAACAAGAGGAGGAGGAUGAGGAGGAGCAGGAUGGCAUGGAGCUGGACUUGGACAAAGCGGAGGUGCUGAGGCCGCAGGCUGGAGAGCUCACCGGGGAGAAGCUGCUGAGUGCGGAGUACCUCGGGAUCAUGACGAACACUCUACAGCAUCGGCGCCGGAACCCGGCCAUUGUGAGCCAGAGUAUGAAUGAGCCGCUCCAGAGACCCGUGACGCCCAGCACUCAUCGCUCGGCACUCACCGUGCCGGUUAAUUUGUCGGAGGGUGGCGGUUCGGUAACCGCGCACUCUGACGUCAGCUCGCGCCCUCCCACCCGCUCGGGCAGCCGGCCCAGCUCUGCCUCUCCGGCCAAUGGAGGGGCAGAAGCAUCUCCGCGCUCGCUGAGAGAGCCUCCUUCCCACACCGCUGACUCGGAGGUGCAGGUCGCAUCAGGCAGCGUGCGAGACGUGAAGGUGGCGUUCGGCAGCCGCCCGCGCAUCCCUCGCACGCCUGAGUCGCCGGCCGCCCAGGCGCUCCGCCUCAAAACCCCACCCAGCCUCGCUCCGCGCUUCUCCCGGGCCGGACCCCAGCAGGGCCGGCCCAGCUCCGGCGGCAGCAGCAAGCACAGCAGCUGGUCAUCCAAUAAAUAAGAAGGUUAAAAACAAGUCAAGACCUUGGGCAUCUGUGUUCUUGCACCUAAACCUCCAGUUAUUAUUCCAGGGCUACCUCACCCAGCGCACUAACAGCAGACGCUUUUGUGGGUUUAACGCGUGGACUCUCCAAAUUCGAUACUUAACGCUCAUGUUCCACACAUUGAAUCACGUGUGUAAGAAUCAACCCUUUUCCUGUUCUGUAAAUAGUGCGGUGUUACAUUUUGCUUAUUGGAGCAGACAAAACUGUAUAACCGACAAACACGAUUGUGCAAUUGAGAAUAUAUUCCUGAAUUGAGUCGAGGCUCCGUUUUGUAACAGUUCAUGGAAUCUAAGGUGGGGGUGAAUCAUUACACCCCAACUUCUGUACACAUCCUCCAUGUAGAGACAUCUCUAAAUACCUGAGUAUACCCUGUAUGACACUAACAAUGCAGUUACGAUUCUCAAUUGAUUACCCCAUGUAAAUAAUCUGGCCAAAUUUGUCAAACCAUUCACCACCUGACAGUCAAAUUAAAUUGCAACGUGUACUAGUGUCUUAAUACGCCGAUUGUUUUGACUCACCGGUGAGCUGAAGAAUAAUUCUCAACCAAAUGUAGCGAUUAGAGAUGAGGUUUCAAGCAUGUUCAGGAUGGAAUCCACCAAGUCAGAAUAACCAUACCACCGGACCUGGAAUCUUAAAUGUCGUGACAUCACAGGAACAACCAAUCAGAUUUAAACUCGAUGUUAUUUACAGGUGUGUUGCUGUAAUCAGAGGGAGGGAAUGAAGUGUGUUUGAGCUCAACUAAACUGCUGCAAGAGAAGGAAGCUGCGACUUGGUCUGUCCUUUGCACCGUUUUGUGAUUCCCAAGUGCUGUAUUGUUAUACGUUUGAUAUCGAAUACAUAUUUAUUUUUGGUUGCUUCAAUAAAAGUUAACUCGAUUACAUUGAGAACUCUAA